ACUGAUCCUACAUUCUUUUCAGUGUGAUAUUUUCAGUGUAGUUUAUUAUUUGAGAUUUGCCCAGCAAAGGUUGCAGUGUGGUGUCAUUUUUGCAGCGUUUGUGUUUUGGUUUGAUCACAUUACAAUAGGUCCAUCAUGUAUGCAACUUUCUCCUUUCAAUUGAGAAUUUUACCAACCAUUAGGCACUUGAGAGUCAUAUUCAGUAAUAUUUAGAAUAAAAUACAGUGACGAAUAAGAACAAUCGCAGACAAAUAAGGCCAGCGCCAAAUGUCUCUGCAAGUCCCUCCUCCUGCUCUCCCUCCACCAAUCAUCCGCCGUUCCCAGCUGCCUGCCUAUAUCACUUUUCGUGCCUGGGUUCAGCCAACCGGCUCGCUCCUUGCCGCUGACAUCACUAACUAGCCAGUUCCCUCCAGCAGCACCAGAGAGCUUCAUUUUCUGAUCUGCAUUUGUGUUGAAAUGGAGGCUGGCUCCUUGCCUUAAGUGGAUAGCCUUCUUGGUCGAGUUUACAUGUUGACAUGCAAUAAAGCUGGAAUCAGGAUGGUUGUGGAUGCACCUAAUUCCAAUGGGCCUUUCCAGCCGGUGGCUCUUAUGCACUUCAGAGACUGUGCUCCGGCGGAGCAGGAGAAGCUGUUUGUGCAGAAGCUACGCCAGUGCUGCGUGCUCUUUGAUUUCCUGUCGGACCCACUAAGUGACCUGAAAUGGAAGGAGGUGAAGCGGGCGGCGCUGAGCGAGAUGGUGGAGUACAUCACCCACAACAGGAACGUCAUCACAGAGCCCAUCUACCCAGAGGUGGUGCACAUGUUUGCGGUGAACAUGUUCCGAACGUUGCCUCCGUCCUCCAACCCCACAGGAGCAGAGUUUGACCCAGAGGAGGACGAGCCUACACUUGAGGCUGCAUGGCCACAUCUCCAGCUCGUCUACGAAUUUUUCCUUCGGUUUUUAGAAUCUCCCGACUUUCAACCGAACAUAGCGAAGAAGUACAUUGACCAGAAAUUUGUGAUGCAGUGUGACGUCAUUUGUCCACAGCUUUUAGACCUGUUUGACAGUGAGGACCCGCGGGAGAGGGACUUCCUCAAAACCACCCUCCACAGGAUCUAUGGGAAAUUCCUGGGACUACGGGCCUACAUCAGAAAACAUAUCAAUAAUAUAUUUUAUAGGUUUAUCUAUGAGACCGAGCACCAUAAUGGAAUAGCAGAAUUGCUGGAGAUACUCGGAAGUAUAAUCAAUGGGUUUGCCUUACCACUAAAAGAGGAGCACAAGAUUUUCCUGUUAAAGGUCCUGUUGCCUUUGCACAAAGUCAAAUCACUUAGUGUCUACCAUCCGCAGCUGGCAUACUGUGUUGUGCAAUUUCUAGAGAAGGACAGCACUCUCACUGAACCAGUGGUCAUGGCCCUUCUCAAAUACUGGCCAAAGACUCACAGCCCCAAAGAGGUGAUGUUCCUCAACGAGCUGGAAGAGAUUCUGGACGUCAUCGAGCCAUCCGAGUUUGUCAAGGUCAUGGAGCCCCUCUUCAGGCAGCUGGCUAAGUGUGUGUCCAGCCCGCACUUCCAGGUGGCCGAGAGAGCUCUGUACUACUGGAACAACGAGUACAUCAUGAGUCUAAUCAGCGACAACGCAGCCAAGAUCCUGCCCAUCAUGUUCCCGGCACUCUACCGUAACUCCAAGACCCACUGGAACAAGACCAUCCAUGGCCUCAUCUACAAUGCUCUCAAGCUCUUCAUGGAGAUGAACCAGAAGCUGUUUGAUGACUGCACACAGCAGUUCAGAGCAGAGAAAAAUAAAGAAAAGGCCAAGUCAAAAGAGCGGGAAGAGGCCUGGAUCAAGAUUGAGAACCUUGCAAAAUCCAACCCACAGUUACAACAGAGAGACCAGAGGAAAGACCGUCCUAUGGUGCGGCGCAAGUCGGAUCUCCCUCAGGACAUCUACACCGCAAAUGCCUUGGAGACCCAUUGCCGCGCCGACGACAUGAUCGCCACCCAUGAUGGGCUCUAGGUCUGCCCCUCCUCUCUCUUCUCUUCUGUCCAGUCCCCUAAAUGAGUACCCUCGCCCCUCCAUACCCCACUUUCCCCCCCACCCACACAGCACAUUCAGAGUACUGGCCCAGUUUCCCUAUCUCACCGGUACGCUGCCCCCCCUCCCUCAUAUUUCUGCUUUCUCAGGUGUUUAUGUUUGGGGAAGGGGUGGGUCGCAACUCUUUUAGCUAUCGGUCUUGCAGAGUCAUUUUUUCCCGCUGAAUUGUGCAUAAAACAGUAUAUCGGCUCAUCCCUCCCUGCUCUUACUGUACGAAUGAAAAUGGGGAAGUUUCGUUCCACCUGCGACAUCACAAGCUCAUGUGAAAUGCACAACAAACGUAGAGAGCAGAAACUGAAUUUGGGAGGCUCCGCUCGUUUCUUCAGUUUUCUGUCAAGGGGAAACGACAAAGAACAGAGAUUGUUGGAUGGAGGUGGAGGACUGUUGGAUCGACUUUCCGGACGUAAUUUUUUUAAAUCCCAGGGACAUCUGCCAGUGCCAAGACCGUUUGUUCUUUUUUCUGUUUCUGCGUCUGUUUUUCUGUCUGUGACUUUAACAAGGGCGACUAGCUAGGUAGAGCCUGUUUGCCUUCAUUUUCUUUGGCCUCAGAUGUUUUGACGAUGGGUUUCUUGUUUUUUAAUAAGCUGAAGAGCAACAGGACUGUCUGAAGUGACUGAUCCAUCUGUUCUGAUGAAGUCACUUUGUGACUGGGAUUGAGGGAGGAAGGGAGGUUCUCUGUGGACACUGGACUCUUUACACUACAGUUUGUGCCAUAUAAAUGUUUUAUUUUGUAUUUCCUUUCUCUUACUCAACUGUUGAAUUCCAUAUGCAAUACGUGAGCCGGAUCACAGAAAUAUUGACAGUUCAAACAAUGGUACUUCUUAUUUCAUACGGAGAAACACAUUGGGUGGUUGUGUUAGUUUCCACCCGGUUUGUCAAACUCAAAAGCCUCUCUUAGACAUUUCAACAUCUGUAGCCAGAAGGCACGCACUGUAAUGCUGCAUUAUGCAGAACAUUCCAAAAAUGUUUAAACUGGAAUCACGUUAUGACACCUUACCUGGGGGUAUCACAUAAGGGGUCGUUAUUUGGGAUGCAAGGUGAUUUGUAGAUCAGUGAUUCUGCACAGCCUGACUGCAAUGUAGUCCAUCUUAAAUGCACACCCCACUGGGCACACACUGGUUGAAUCAAUGUUUCCAUGUAAUUUCAAUGAAAUUACGUUGAACCAAUGUGGAAUAGACGUUGAAUUGACGUCUGUGCCCAGUGGGAUCUUGUCCUCAGAUCCAGGCUUCAGCAGGAGCCGCGCAGUCCUGGAGCUACUUGCUAGUCAAGCGUUGUCCUCCAUUAGUUUCAGAGGUACCCAUGAUAUCACAUGUCGUGUCCCUCUCCGUUUAUUGAGCUACCUAAAAAGCACUUCCUGAAAACUUGAAAGAUGUGACAUGUUUGUGUAUCUUCAAUGAAGCUCUGUUCAGUAUCCCGUUGAGUCUAUAUGUGCAGUCUAUUCUGCUUUCUCAAGUCAGGAAGCUGUCAAAUCCAGGAUUGCUUUGGCCCCCUUGUAAAUGUUAGUGUCCGUCUCUUGUACCACUGUUUGAACUUCCAAAUGUAGCAUGUGUAUCCAAUUUGUAAUGUAUUGUUGUCUUGUCCCUGGUAACCUAGCCUGGAUGCUAGUUUUAGCAUUGUAGCUGCCAAUGGAAAUGGCCAAUGCUAAAACAGAUUGACAUCGAGGCUUGGCAACUGUAUUAUUCAUAAUUGCUUGAAUGCAAAAGGUGUAAAUUAUACAACCAUUGUUAGACAUGUAUUUUUUCCGCUGGAAGAAUGGCACUCACCAAAACAAUUUCUAUCCUAAAAGAAUAUAUUUGCUUUUAUAUAAUGGUAUUGGUUUGGAAAGAGAUUUUAUCAGUUUGCAUUUUAUUUGUGUUUGAACUGUUGUGGUUUGUUUUCUUGUUGACUCAUAAAACAAGUUAGAUGGAAAAAAAUGUUUUGGUGAUUGUUUUUCUAAAUUCUUUGCUUGACCGCAGCAUCUUUGCAGGAUUUUAGUUGAACAUGUGCUUUACAAAACAGAAUAACUUGACAAGUGUCCUUUUGUAUGUAACCUGUACUAUAUGGCUUCAUUUAAUAUUGUACAUAUGAUUUACUUUGUUUUAUGUAGUGUGUUAGAUCUAGAUUUUGUACAAAACUGUCCUCUGUACAGAAUAAAAUAUCAAUAGCAAUGACAAGUCGUCAAUGUGGCACAUACAUUCUUCUUUUCCUCUUUCCCUUGUAACUUUGCAUUAUUAGAAAUAACGAGUCAUAUUUUUCUUUUUUAAUUCUUCAAGGUUUGUUCCCUAUUCAAAAUGUCUGUGACCAGAUUUCAGUCCAUAGCCUUUGUUUUUCUCAGUUUCAAGUGGUGUACAUCUAUAUAGAAUGAAUAAAGAGAAUAUUUGAAUUUAUAUUUUCAACCAUACUUCAAUUCUGGAGUCAUUUUACUUAACGGGAAGUCUCAACGUGGACAGUUAUGCGUUUUGACAGUUUAAAGCAUGUAUGAUUGACCUGAAAUAAAAAGGUUUGCAAAAAGAC